CAAAGAUUAUAUGGCUAUACAAGAGGACUGUCUUGAGUUGCUUCACACUUGAAACACUUUAACCAUGCUGAUAUUUGAGCUGAACGAGGGAGAUUAGAUCGUCACAAUUCAUCUUGACUUGAGGAAAAAAAUAGGAAGGCAGGAAAAUAUAUGGAACUGAUGAAACUCAUAUUGUUGCCCUUGUUCUGCAUGUGUUUCCAUGGCCACUGUGCAGGCACUGCAUACCCACACAAGUCAAAAUGUACAACUGGGAAUACCAAAGUAGACUGUAGUCAUAUGAAUCUGGAUGCAGUCCCAGCGGACUUGCCCAAAAAUGUCACCACAUUGGAUGUGUCUCACAAUAGACUAAAAACUCUGUCUUCUCUGCAUUUAUACUCAAAUCUGAUGAAUAUAGAUGCCAGCUACAACUCUUUAACUGUCAUAGAAGAGGAUCUAUGUCUUUCUCUGCCACACCUGCAAAGUCUUAAUAUACAACACAAUGAAGUGCAUUUAAUAAGCGAGAAAGACCUGAAAAACUGUUUUCAUUUAACGCGACUUGACCUGUCUGACAAUAGGCUGAAGCUAAAUGGGGAGCCCUUCUCUGUUCUUAAGAGUUUGACGUGGUUGGAUAUAUCUCGGAACACACUUAAAUCGGCUAAACUGGGCACACAACCUCAGCUGCCAAACCUGAUGACCCUUGUUCUCUCUGGAAAUGAAAUUUCUGUACUGCAAAAAAACGACUUCUCAUUCCUCAGCAAUUCCUCUGCAUUUCGGGUUCUGAUACUCUCGUUUCUGUCUCUUAAAAAGGUAGAGAAUGGCUGUUUCCAGACUAUUGCCAGACUUUCUGACUUAGUGCUGGACUACAGCAAGAUCAGCCUUCAGUUUACCACCAGUCUUUGUGAAGAACUUGCUGGCACAGCUUUGCGAAACCUUUCCCUGAAGAACACUCAACAGGUCACCCUCUCAAACACAACUUUCCAAGGUCUAGACAAGACUAACAUCACAGUGCUCGACCUCAGCGGCAACAAAAUGACAAAGAUUGCUGAUGGCACCUUUCAGUGGUUUCCCAGACUGGAAAGUUUAUCCCUGGAGCAUAACUCCCUUAAACAUCUAACUAAGGACACCUUUCUUGGAUUGGGAAACCUGAGACAGCUUAACCUGCAGAAAGCACUGAUUAAGAGUCAUACUUCGUCCUUACCAGUUAUUGAAGACUUCUCUUUCCUCCAUUUAGUCCAAUUAGAGCACAUGGCAAAUACUGCAUUCCGAGAGAUAACUGAGCAUAUCUUUUCUGGGCUUCUGCACCUGAAGACACUGGAUUUGAGUUGGAGCAUCACAGGGUUGAAGACAGUCACAAACACAACAUUUGCUUCUUUGCAAGAAUCUCCACACCUUCAGACUCUUAAUCUUACUGCCAUAGGUAUCAACAAGUUGGCGCCUGGGGCCUUUUCAGAUUUUGGCAGCCUCACUACACUCCUACUUGGUCACAAUUUCAUUAAUCAGCAGCUGAAAGGAGAUGAGUUAGAGGGCCUUUCUAACAUUAAAGAGAUUGACAUGUCUAUAAACCAGCAAUGUAUUUCCCUUACCAAUACGUCAUUCAUCCAUGUCCCUACAUUAAGGACUCUAAAGCUUGGCCGUGCCCUAAAAGGGACCCUAGAUAUGGAACCAUCUCCGUUUAAGCCACUUGUCAACCUCACAAUUCUAGAUCUCAGUAAUAACAAUAUUGCAAACAUAAAUGCUGGCUUUCUGAAAGGAUUGUACCAUCUGAAAGUGCUGAAAAUGCAGCACAACAACUUGGCUAGGUUGUGGAAGACGGCCAACCCUGGUGGUCCAGUGUUGUUCCUCAAGGACGCCACAAAACUGUCUGUUCUGGAUCUGGAUUACAAUGGUUUAGAUGAGAUUCCACUUAGUGCUUUGCGCGGCUUCUUUGAGUUACAUGAGCUAAGUCUCCGUGGUAAUCUCUUGGAUCAGCUGCAUGCCUCUGUUUUUGAUGACCUGCAGUCUUUAAAGUAUUUGCAUCUUCAAAAGAACCUUAUAACAUCUGUUCAACGUGCCACGUUUGGUGUGCCACUUUCCAACCUGACAGAUCUCUACAUGGACCACAACCCCUUUGACUGCACCUGCGAGAGCAUCCUGUGGUUCUCUGAGUGGCUUAACUCCACCAAUGCCAGCAUUCCUGGGUUCUCUCAAAGUUAUAUCUGUAACACCCCAAAUGCCUACUUUAACCGCUCUGUUAUGGACUUUGACCCAUUGUCCUGCAAAGAUAUGACACCUUUUAAGGCACUGUACAUUUUGAGUAGCACAGCAGUGUUAAUGUUGUUAUUCACAGCUUUCCUGGCACACUUCCAAGGAUGGAGAAUCCAGUUCUUCUGGAGCAUAAUGGCAAACCGUAUGCUGGGGUCACUGAAGGACGAAAGCAUUACUGAGGGUAGAUAUGCAUAUGAUGCAUAUAUCAUCCACAGUGCUGAGGACAGACCAUGGGUGGAACGAAGCUUGCUUCCCCUAGAGGAUGAAAAAUUCAUUUUUUUUCUUGAAGACAGAGAUGCAAUACCUGGCUUUUCUCAACUUGACACCAUUGUUGAAAACAUGGGACAAUCCAGGAAAAUAAUUUUUGUUAUUACAGAAAUGCUUUUGAAGGAUCCUUGGUGUAGGCAAUUCAAAGCCCAUCAUGCACUUCACCAGGUAAUGGAGGUAAAUCGUGACUCGCUGAUUCUGAUUUUUUUGCAAGAUGUAACUGAUUACAGUCUGAACCGCUCUCUGCAUCUUCGUCGUGGCAUGUUGAAACCUCACUGUGUUCUCAACUGGCCUUUACACAGGGAACGAAUCCCAGCUUUCCAUCAGAAACUCUGCUCAGCAAUAGCUUCUACCAACAUGGUCAACUAGAAAAAAUUUUUUUAUAUGCAAAGCAUGUUUAAUUUGUGCUAGGUCCUUACUUGAAUUCUCUGUUUCAUC